CCGGGUUCAAUGACUGGGUUGCAGAGUUGUGUGCGGGCAAUCUCUUUGCUUGUUCAAGUGUUGGCAGCUUGCACGGUGCAUGUUUGCCUGACAGGCGGGCGCCUUGAUGGAGCGUUCUUGCAGGAGUUGCCGAUUGGCUGAAUGGAACGCCGGCCCGGGACCGGGGGUGGGGGUGAGCGCGCCGGCCGGCCCGGGACCGGGGGUGGGGGUGAGCGCGCCCGCCGGCCCGGGACCGGGGGUGGGAGUGAGCGCGCCCGCCGGCCCGAGGCUGACGGACAGCAGCGGCAGGGUGAAGAGCAUAGCCUUGCGGCGCGCCCGCGGCAGCUGGCUCUACCCCACUGCCCUCCUCUGCAUCUGCGGCUUCUUUUCCAACGUGCGGCCCUUCGAGCCUUUCUUCACCCCGUACCUGCUGGGACCGGACAAAAACCUGACGGAGCAACAGGUGAAGCAGGUUUUUCCAGUGUGGACUUACUCCUACCUGGUUCUUUUGUUUCCCAUCUUCCUUGCAACUGACUACCUUCGCUACAAGCCUGUCAUCAUAAUACAAUGUGCAGCUUUGGUCGUGACCUUGUUCAUGCUAUUGUAUGCCCAAGGACUGCUGGCAAUGCAGUUUGUGGAAUUAUUCUAUGGGAUGACGACUGCAUCAGAGGUGGCUUAUUACUCCUAUAUCUACACAGUAGUGGACUUCAACAAGUACCAGAAAGUAACUGGAUAUUGUCGAUGUGCCACAUUGGUUGGGUACACAGUGGGAUCUAUUGCUGGACAGAUACUGGUCUCAUUUACUGAGGUAUCGCUCUUCCACCUCAACGUCAUUUCCUUAGUUUGUGCAGCAGUUGCCUUUUUUACAUCGACACUUCUUCCAAUGCCACAGAAAAGCAUGUUCUUUCACAGAGUGGUAAGAGACUGUAAUGCUAAAGAAAUCAAAGUUGAAGGUACAAUAUCAUCUUCAAAAGGACUUGAAUCAUCACCACUAAACUGUGACAAUGGUGAUGUUGAACAUUUGGUUGUUCGCCAUCUUUUAGAACCAAUGGAUACCGCCUUGUACACCCAUAAAAUUACGAAUAAAAAGCCAUUCAAACGUAUUUGCAUUGUCCUUGCAUUGCUAUGGAAGACUUUAAUGCAGUGCUAUUCUUCUGGGCCACUGCUCUGCUGGUCAGUAUGGUGGGCAUUGUCUACCUGUGGCUAUUUUCAAAUAUUGAACUAUGUUCAAAUAUUAUGGGAGAAAAUUUAUCCUUCGCAGAAUUCCCAGAUUUACAAUGGGAUGGUGGAAGCUGCAUCUGCACUGUUGGGUGCAGUAGGAGCAUUUAUCGUGGGUUAUGUAAAAAUAUCAUGGUCCAUGUGGAGUGAGGUUGCACUUCUCACCUUUUCCUUUGUUAUUGUUGUUGUCCUGUAUGUGAUGGACACUGUCCGAAACAUCUGGGUGUGCUACAGCUGUUACGUAGCUUUCAGAAUUAUUUACAUGAUGCUUAUAACCAUUGCAACGUACAAAAUUGCUGCAAAUCUAAGUGUGGAACUAUAUGCUUUGGUGUUUGGUGUAAACACUUUUGUUGCCUUAGUCCUUCAGACUGUCUUGACUCUGACUGUAGUGGAAUCCAACCUGCUGAACUUAAACAUAUUUGGACAGUUUCUGGCUUACACCAUUUACUUCGCAGCGAUUGCAAUACUCUUUCUGAUCUUUGGUGUAUACCGCAUUAUAAAGAAACCCAGAGAAGGGGUACGAGUAGAUGAAAACAGCUCUGAUUCCUCGGACUGCAGGGAUGAAGUGUCAUCCAAGCUGACUUGGGAGCAGAAAUAACACUUGCAAUGUUAUCUUCAGUUAUCCACACUACAAAUUUCAGUGCUGUAGAUGAUUAGUGGUGACAUAAGAACAUAAGAAAUAGGAGCAGGAGUAGGCCAUCUGGCCUGUUGAGCCUGCUCUGCCAUUCAAUAAUACCAUGGCUGAUCUGGCCGUGGACUCGGAUCCACCCACCUGCCUUUUCCCCAUAACCCUUAAUUCCCCUACUAUGCAAUAAUCUGUGUCUUAAUGAGGUAGCUUCUUCUGCUUCCCUGGGCAGAGAUUCACUACUCUCUGGGAAAAGCAGUUCCUCCUCAUCUCCAUAAUAAAUUUACUCCCCCCAAUCUUGAGGCUAUCUCCCCUAGUUCUAGUCUCACUAUCAGUGGAAACAACUUUCCUGCCUCUCUUAUCUAUUCCUUUCAUAAUUUUAUACGUUUCUACAAGAACCCCUCUCAUUCUUCUGAAUUCCAGCAAAUAUCAUCCCAGAUGACUCACUCUCCUCAUAGGCUAACCCCCUCAUCUCUGGAAUCAACCUGGUGAACCUCCUCUGCACCGCCUCCAAAACCAGUAUAUCCUUCAAGUAAGGAGACCAGAACUGCAUGCAGUACUCCAAGGUGCAGCCUCACCAGUACCCUGUACAGUUGCAGCAUACCCUCCCUGCUCUUAAAUUCAAUCCCUCUAGCAAUGAAGGGCAACAUUCCAUUUGCCGCCUUGAUAACCUGUUGUACCUGCAAACCAACCCUUCGCAAUUAAUGCACAAGAACUCUCAAGUCCCUCUGCACAACAGUAUGCUGCAGUCUUUCACCAUCAAAAUAAUAAUCUGAUCUAUUUUUCCUUCCAAAGUGGAUGACCUCACAUUUGCCAACAUUGAACUCCAUCUGCCAGGCCCUUGCCCACUCACUUAACCUAUCUAUAUCUCUUCAGACUCUCUGCAUCCUCUGAACAAUUUCCUUUUCCAUUUAAUUUAGUGUCAUCACCAACCUGGAUACUCUACAGUCAGUCCCCUCUUCCAAAUUAUUAAUGUAUAUCAUGAACGGUUGUGGGCCCAGCACAGACCCCUGCAGCAUUUCACUCUCCACUGGUUGCUAACCAGAGAAACACCCAUUUAUCCCAUCUCUCUGCCUUCUAUUGGUUAACCAAUCAUCUAUCCAUGCUAAUAAUUACCCCCAACAUGUAUCCUUAUCUUAUGGAUGUGUUUUGUGGCACCUUGUCAAACACCACCUUGAAAUCCAAGUAUACAACAUCAACCUCUUCCCCUCUAUCCACUGCGCUUGUUAUUUCCUCAAAGAACUCCAGUAAGUUAGUCAAACAGGAAAUGCCUUUCCUGAAUCAAUGCUGUGUCUGCCUGAUGCAACCACUUAUCCAGAUAUCCUGCUAUUUCUUCCUUUAAUGAUAGUUUCAAGCAAUUUUCCGACUAUAGACAUUAAGCUAACUGGCCUACAGUUACCUGCCUUUUGCCUACAUCCUUUUUUAAACAAUGGUGUGACAUUCACUGUCUUCCAAUCUGCUGGGACCUGCCCAGAGACCAGAGAAUUUUGUAAAUUCACAAACGGAUCUACUAUAACUUUUGCCAUUUCUUUCAGUACCCUAGGAUGCACCCCAUCAGGACCAGGGGACUUGUCUACCUUUAGGCCCACUAGUUUGCUCAUCACUAUCUCUUUAGUGAUUGUAUUGAGGUCCUCACCUUCCAUCACAUUAAUAACAUCUAUUUGGCAUGUUAGAUGUAUUCAAUGCCUCGGCCAUUUCCACAUUACCCAAUAUUAAUUCCUCCAUCUUCCAAAGGACCUACGUUCACUUUAGCCACCCUUUUCUGCUUUAUAUAAUUAUCAAAACUUCCAAUAUCCAUUUUAUAUUUUGUGCUAGUUUACUUUCAUAAUUUAUCUUCUCUUAUUGCUUGCUUAGUGGUUCUUGGAAAGAGUGAUCAGUGCUUUAAAGUUUUCCCAAUCUUCCAGUUUCCAGAUUCUCUUGGCAACUUUGUAUGCAUGAGCUUUUAGUUUGAUGCCUUCAUGUAUUUCCUUAGUUAUUCAAGGCUGGCUCUCUCCACCCUUGCUUUUAAUUAGAAUAUACUUUUGUUGAGCACUGUGAAAAAUCUUUGAAAGUCCUACACUGUUCCUCAACUGUCCCACCACAAACUGUGUUCCCAGUUUACACUAGCCAACUUCUCCCUCAUCCUGUUGUAGUCUCCCUUGUUUAUGCAUAAUACACUGGUUUUAGAUCAAACUAUUGCACCCUCCAUUUGCAUGAGAAAUUCAAUCAUACUGUGAUCACUCUUUCGAACAGGAUCCCUAACCACAAGAUCGUUAAUUUUGCCUGUCUCAUUGCACAGGACCAGAUCUAAGAUGGUAUGUAGCUUGUAGGUUCACUAACAUGCUGUUCAAGAAAGCUAUCACUGAUGCAUUCUAUGAAGCCCUCCUCAAGACUGCCUUGACCAACUUGAUUCACCCAAUCUGUGUGGAAGUUAAAGUCUGCCAUGACAACUGCCGUUCCAUUCUUACAUGCACCAGAUAUUUCUUGGUUUAUUGCCUGAGCAACUGUAAUGUUAUUAUUCAGUGGCCUAUAGACAACUCCCACCAGUGAUUUUUUUUUUCCUUUACUGUUCCUAAUCUCUACCCAGAUGGACUCAAUAUUCUGCUCCUUGGAUCUUGUAUCGUCUCACUAUCACUCUGAUCUCAUCCUUAGUUAAGAGCGCUACCCCACCUCCCUUGCCUUCGUGUGUAUUCUUCCAAUUUACCUGGAUACCCUUGGAUAUUUAAUUCCCAAUCAUCUCCACCCUGCAAGCAUGCUUCUGUAAUGGCCACUAAAUCACACCCCUUUGUACUGAUUUGUGCUGCAAGUUCACUGACCUUGUUUCAAAUACUAGGGGCAUUCAGAUAAAGUGCCCUUUUGUCCUUUUUAGAAUAUAGUAACCUUUUGUGUCCUUUGCAUUUGACUUCUCUGCACUCCUCUCUUACUUUUCUCUUUUCUAACUUUUGCUUUGGUCUCUGUAUUGCUUCCCUCAAUCUUUCUGCAUGGAUUCCUAUCCCUCUGUAAUAUUAGUUUAAACCCUCCCCAACAGCACUAGCAAACAAUCCCCUUGGGACAUUGAUCCCAGUCCUGCCCAGGUGUAGACCAUCUGGCUUGUACGGGUCCUACCUUCCUCCAGAACUGGUUCUGAUGCCCCAGGAAUCUGAAACCCUCCCUCCUGCACCACUGCUCAAGCCACGUAUUCAUCCCAACUAUGCUACUCUUCCUACUCUGACUAGCACUAGCUAGAGUGCUAGUUAGAUUAUUUCUUCACUUCUGCAGUGUCAUUAAACAGGAAUUUCCUUGAAGCUACUCUUGCUCCUUAAUCACAACUUCAGCAAAGUGCUGCA